GCUCCGGAGAGCCCUUAAAAACACCCUUAGGAGGACCCUGAUUAUGCAUGAGUCCUUCCACAAAGUCCUGGAGAUGAAGGGCCUCCAAACUGCGCUUCUAGGCAUUCUCCUCACUCUCUCCUUCAGUUGUGCUGAAGACACGAAAAGUCCUACAAAUGGACCUACCCACCAGGUACCAAUAAGACCCAAGACAACUUUCCCUGCCCCAAAGACUCCACACCCUGAACCGGAAGGGACAACCGAGAGCUUCAAAGGAGGACCUACCCCCCAGGUACCAGUCAGACCCAAGACAACUCUUCCCAAAUUGAAGACUCCCCACCCUGAACCAGAAGAAACGACGGAAAGCUUCAAUGGAGGCCCAACACCCCAGGUGCCAGUCAGACCCAAGCCAACUUUCCCUCAACCCAAGACCCCACACCGCGAACCAGAAGAGACAACGGAGAACUUCAAAGGAGAACCUACCCCCCAGGUGCCGGUCAGACCCAAGACCACUUUCCCUGCACCCAAGACCCGACAACCCCAACUAGAAGAAACAACGGAGAACUUCAAAGGAGGCCCUACCCCCCAGGUCCCCGUCAGACCCAAGACCACUUUCCCUGCACCCAAAACCAGACAACCCCAACUAGAAGAGACAACGGAGAACUUCAAAGGAGGAGAAAAUGGAGGAGACGAAACCGCAGCCCCAACGCCGGACUCUAAAGUCGACAAGUGUCCUCAGGGAUCCACGGAAGAAUAUGACGAUCUCCUCGGAUGCAAAGAAGAGGAAGAGGAGGAGGAGGAGGGAGGCAUCACCUUCCCGCCCCCCACCCCGGAUUCUGACCAGAUUCUCACCAAAGGUCCUCAGAAAGUGGAAGAAACUCCAUCCACCCCAGAACCGAUGCCCGUCACUCCGCAAACCCUAAUUCCCACCGCUCAGCAGCAAGAGACAUCUCCCGUUUCCAAGCAAGUGUGUUACACGCGCUGGUUUAACGAAGAUAAUCCUGACCACGCGGGAGAUUUCGAACUCGUGGCUGACAUCAUGUACAGAUAUCCCAGUGAGAUCUGUUCGCUGCCGGAGAAAAUAGAAGUCCAAACGCUGGACGGGAUUCCAGCCUCUGCAACAGGGCAGAAAUUUGCCGUGAAACAAGCCAUAAUUGGGUUCAUCUGCCUCAAUGUCAUGCAAGGAAAAGGACGGGGUUGCCGGGAUUAUCGCGUGCGGUUCGUGUGCCCGCAAGACUUCUGCUCUGGAGGCCAAGAGACCGUCACUCCAUCCAUCCCAGUGUCCACCUUGGGACAACUUCAGAGUAGCCCAGAGAUUCCGACGAAAGGUGCUGAAGACCAAACCUCUCCAGGACCGCAUCCCACAGAAGGACAAGUUCAGAGCACUGGACAAGAAUCUUCUUCCGUUUGCCGGACUAUCUGGUUCAAUCAAGACAAUCCUUUCGGAGAAGGAGACCAAGAACUCCUUGUGCACCUCCGGAAACUAAACCCCCAGAAAAUCUGCUCCGUACCCCUUGAAAUAGAGGUGCAGACCACUGAUGGGAUCCCCGCUUCGGAGACGGGACAACGCUUUGCCGUAAAUGACCCCCUCGUUGGUUUCUCUUGCAUCAACGCCGAACAAGGGAAAGGACAGCGAUGUUACGACUACCAGGUGCGAUUCACCUGCCCUCCGUCUUUCUGUACAGGUAGCCAAGAACGGUCUACUCCGGAACCAGCCCCUCUGACAUCAUUGGCCCCCACUUCUACUUUGGAACAAGAGCAAAGCACACCCCAAUUCCCGAUCCAAGCCUGCAAGACGCAAUGGAUCAAUCGAGACAACUCCACCGGCACGGGGGACUAUGAGCUGGUUUACUACAUCCAAAGAGAACUCCCCAAAGCUCUUUGCAAAAAUCGCCUCGCCAUUGAGGUGGAGACCGUCAGAGGUGUCCCUGCUUACCGAACAGGACAGCUAUUUGCCUGGAAUGAUCCGAUCAACGGGUUCGCUUGUAUCCAUGCCGACCAGGGGAAAAGCGGUUUAUGCCAUGAUUACAAAGUCCGGUUUGUGUGUCCACACUCUUUUUGCUCAGGAGGGGAUCAGAAAGACGAGAAGAAGGGUUCGCCAUGAAGAUUGCAGCCGAUUUCUGCCACCUCCAGCUAAAGAUCUGCUCCUUUGUGGAAGAAAUAAAUGACUUUUUGUUCUAUUAUUGCUGGCUGAGAAUACAAUAAUAAUAAUUAAUAAAUAUAUAAUAAAGCAC